GUGAGUAGUAAAAAUAUAUGGGCAAAAUUUGCCCAGUCCUGUGAAAAUGAGAGGUUCAGCGCAAUGUCCAAUAUUUCGUUCUGGAAUAUGGCGAAAGUCAAAGUAGUAAAUUUGCGUGUUGUGAUAAGUGCUACCUUGUGACUUACUAUGUUUGAAAAUGGAUAGUAAAGCAAUUACAAAUACAAAGAAAGUGUGAUAAUAGUGUAAAUACGCCUUUUUGUUUCCAAAUUGACGAAAACGUGAACAUGUCUACGGAUAAAAUAAAAGUUGCUGUUCGACUUCGUCCUUUCAACAGAAGAGAAUUAGAAUUAGGGGCACAAUGUGUGGUGGAAAUGGACAAACAACAAACCAUUGUCCAUCAGCCAACAACAUUGGACAAAAUGGAAAGCCGCGUAGGCAGAAGCCUAAAUACCGAGGCACCACGACUGCUAAGAGGAGCUAGAAGGCACCUUGUUGAUUCGAUUUUUGUACUGUCCAAGGUUACACUGAUCAACAGCCAAAAAAUAUCCUAAAUAAAAUCAACAAAAUAUUACUACUUUUAAUGUACUAAAACCGGAAUAAAACUUAUUUUUUCAA